AUGCCCGGCGUCGUCAUGGACAAGGCCAACGUUGAGGGACCUGUGCGACGGUCGGAUCUCAAUGAGGCUACAAAUGGCGCACCUGGGUCAUUUGGGAACAAUGACAAAUCCGGUCAACUCUCUGCUUCCAUGAACGGGCCGGUCCAUGUGAAUGGGGCAGGAAGAGGAGCAGAUAACUUGACCCAGCAUUCCAAGGCAGCAACUCAAACGACAGGAGAUAUGGCACUAGCACCCUUCGAACUGCCACACAUUACGCAAGGAUUCUUUCCCUUUGGAACACUCAUCAAUCGAGCUGUGCAACAGUGCUGGAACGAUCUUUCCGAUUUGAUCACCGAAUUAGCUGCUAUUCAAGUUUCUUCUGAAGGCUCCAAUGCCCAAAUGACGAAUGGGAAGUCGGCGGGUAAUCAGUCUUCGGAAAAUGUUCACAAGAAACUGCGGAUUCUGGAUUUUGCACAUACCAAAAGAGCCGAGUUUAUCAAGCUUCUGGUUCUUUCACAAUGGAGCCGACAAGCUGCAGAGGUUAGCAGGCUCAUUGAUAUCCAAGGUUUCAUCCGCACACGACACCAAGCGUACGAAAACGCAGUUCAAUAUGUUGGAGAGGUGAAGCGUGACCUCGUUCGGGCCCAGGUAGCCAACCCGGAUCUGAAAACAGCUUUAGAGGUUCUUUCAAGGGGCCGAGUGGCAUCUCUACCAGAUUUUGGCUACAAGCCCCCCAAACCAUUAACUGCACGCUCAACGCUGAAAAAAUUGCGUAAGAUCAACCGCAUCGUCAGCGUUCGGCUGGCAUUGCAUGACCAAGCACCCCGUCCACUGCGGAAUUAUCGUGUCCAUGAUGGCCGAGUGACGUUCACGGUGUCUGGGGAAUUCGAGCUUGAUCUGUCGGUGGCAGAAGAGGCAAUAAGUUCACAAUUCUUCUUCGUGGACAUUCGCUUCCUUUUUUCACCGUCGUCCCCCAUCCCGAAAGGUCGCAUUUUCAACGAGCUCGAUGCCAAGGUUAACGAUCUUCUUCGCACCGAAGGCCUGAUGGGAUGCUUUAACUUUCUGCAUGGGCUAGUCCUGACCAACAAGGUAAACACGCUCUUCAGACAAGCCAGGGACCUUGCACGGGGCUUAUGGUCCGAAGCUCUGCGCAUCGAGAUGCUACAUCGAACCUUGGUUGUUCAAUAUUGGCCACUGCGGGCAGGACCGAAAAGCUGGGUGGAGAUUGGUGUUCAAAGAGGCCCACGCCGGAGCUAUUCCCAGGAUUUGGGCGACCAAGUUUCACGUCUUGGCCUUCGCUGGAUGCGAGACGGUCAACAAGCGAGUAGCGACGCUGUUCAUUUUGAUUUGGACAAGCUGUCCAUGGAACGUAUUUUGCGAAGUGUUAUCGCAUUGCACGCAUCGCAUCUCCUCGCGACUGCGUAUGCCACAUUGAAGAAGUAUAACCUUUUCUCCAGCCGUACGCUGUCUUUGUGUGCGCAACUAUCUCCGACAGAACCUGGGGAUUGCUAUCUCGACAUUCAAUUAACAACCUCCCGGCAUCUUCGGGUUUCCGUCGAACCCCUGUCAGGGACGAUUACGUUAUCCGGUACAUCAAGCGCAUUGGAGCGCCAUGACGGCGAGCGAGGCCCCAAUAAAUCGGCAAUUGAGGAGAUGCUUGCUCGCGUCACGCGUCUCAGGUGCCUUACUGCGGUGGACGAAAUUGAGUCUGGCACAAAGGCACUAGGCCUUGAGAGUGUCAACCAGAGAGGCUUGGGGCUCGAUGUCCGGCGGCUGUUCCCUUCUAAUGUAUUGCGCUCCGCGUUCUUCACUCAUCCACUCUGGGAUCGUCGCUGGGUCGCUGCUGCGACGAGCAGCAUGGAUGGCGAUAGCUGGUGGUUGCUUCAGCUACACACGGUGGAUGCGACUCGUAGUGGGACACCCUUCACUGUUCAUGAUAUCAACACCGGUUUCCCGCUAGCUCAUGCAAUCAGCAAAACUUUCAUGGCCCAGCAAGGACGAUUUGACUACACCGCCUGCGCAGAGCUCGCGUAUGGCUUGACGGGGAUGCUGGCAAUUUAUGCCAAUGCACGGUGCUUAGCAGAAUUGCCUAAUGCUCACUUCUAUCCCCCACUGGAGCAAUUGCAGUUAGGGUCUGAGCUUCAAGUGCCGGAUCUCUUUUUGCAGUACAAGGCGUCUACGAUCCCUUCCGCUUUUCGAAUAUCGUUGCCGUCGGGACUUUCGAGAGGAUCUUAUCUGCAGGAUACUGUCCGUCUCUCAUUCCAUGGAAUCGACCGUGGAAGUCAGUCAGUAGUCCUAAUGGCUUAUGGAACUUUGCGAUUCCGUAUCAAAUGCCUUCUCCCACUUCUCUCCCAGAUGGAUCCGUCAUUACUUCUGCAAGACAAGGGUAGUGGGUUUGCGCUUCGGUUGCUUGUACCGGCUGGCCACUCCGUUAUUAUUGGCCUGUUUGAGCGCCUGCAGCGACUCGAAUGUGUUUUAUCUAUCCUUCAAUCUCUUAUACAGAAAGAUAUGGAGCCUCGGUCGUUGUCACUUACUGAGGUUACGUUCUCCUAUGGACCUAACAAGAAGUUCUCCUGUCGAUUCGGCAUCAAUGUCUCGGGACCUUCGUUAUCAACCUACAUCGAUGUUCCUCAAGCCCUGUUGAAUGUCGACCCACUCUUCCAGCUGCGGUUGCGGGUCAGUUUCGACAACCCUAGCCCUCACCGUCGCAUUUCGGAGUCACUUACGGUGGCUUUGAACCAUCGCUUUGCCGAAUCCGGUGUCGACUCUAUUCUCGGCUUCAUGUCAGAUACAUUCCCGCUUCUGCACUGCUUCGAUCAAAUUACCCUCAAGCCGGCGCAGACAAAAUCUUCUCUGGUGCAUGUCACAGUGAGGACACCACUUUCCUUCCAAAUCCACUAUCCUCGCUUGAAAACUCGUUUUCGACUGUCUGCUCGCCCGCGACACGGCCGCUCAGUAUGGGUUUUGGAGGAUGCCAAUGCUACUGCUAGUCUACUUGAUCGCAGUCAAAUAGUCGCAGCAGUACGAGAGAAAGUUUACAACUCUAAAGGCGAUGGCUGGCAAGGCCUUGGAGACGGUGCUAUGUCUAGCAUGGAUAAAGUUGGAGGUCUCCUUUCCAGGCUCCACGAGUGCAUGUGUGCUUGUCAUCUAGUUCCCAUCAAGCAGGACGACGAAGGGAAACAGGAACAGUCUGAUACAGGUCCGCCGCGUCCUCAGGGAGUUCCGGUGCCCCUCAAACCGGCCAAGGCCUCGCCGCAGAAAGGUGGGAUGGGCAAGGCUGACAUUAUCACAAUUGAUUAG